CCAUGAAUACAUAAAUACUAUUUUUAUCUAACGCAUCCAAUAAUUCCUGUCGAGAAUAGUCUUGAUUAACUGCACGAAGCUGAUGACAUUUCCACGAAUCAAUGGCUUCGCAAGCCAUUUUCCACCUCGCAAGUGCUCUACCCAAGCAAAAACGACCCAAUUUUUUGGGUUAUUUAUCUAGAUUCAGCUCCACGUACAUCUAGAUGCACGUGGACCUGAAUCUAGAUAAAUAACCCAAAAAACUGGGUCGUUUUUGCUUGGGCACUUGAAGAGAAUUGUGCAGUAUAUAAAUACAGAAGUUAUACCAUUGGGAAUCGGAAACUACGCCAGUAUCACUUUCGCCAAACGGAAAUUUUAACAAACUGAGAAAAUCCAGUGUACUUUCGCCAAUUGGCGAAGGUCCUCUAAACUUUCGUUAGUCCGCUAGUACUUUCGCUAAUUGGCAAAAAUACACUGAGCCUUCACCAAUACAACCCAUGGAUUUUUUGCCAAUAAUUCGAUUGCAUUGUCUCUUAAUGCAAGUUACCGUUUUUUUAAACGAGAGUCGGUUCGGAUCCUACACAGACAGGUUAAAAUUUUAUAUUUCGAUUUUUCUUCAUUGUGACGUGGCUGUUUCUCUUGCUUCUCUUUACAUCUCGUAAAGGUCGUCAAUCGCUCAUCAACUAAAUCUGUUAGACAUGGAAAGAAAACAUUAGAAGAAGUUAUAUCGGCCUUUUCGUUCUUGGUUGAUGCACCAGUGCUUCGUAAACAACGGGGAAAAAAGAAACAACAAGAUGUAUCUGUAAUGUCAUCAUCGGACGACGAUGAUGAUUAG